AUGGAGGUCGCUCAAGCACCCACGCAGAGAGAAAUUUCUUUGAAAGAGGUCUUUGAAGUUAUUCGAGACGAGUUUGCCUUAUACUUCAACUCUAUUGACGUCAAGCGUCGCACCUGCAUAAACGCUAUGUGGAAGAGACUCGGCUUAUUCUGGCGCAUAAAUACUACCUUGGACUCCGACAAAGGCGAAUCACGAAAAUGUUUGAUCUUCGAACCGCUGGGACCGCACACGCAGACCAUCGUCUUUCUUCACGGACGCGACAGCACGGCGAAGGAGUUCGCCAAGGAGCUCUUCGAAAGUACAGACUCUCAUGAACGUACGUUUCAAGAAGCUUUGCCUGGCGUGAAAUGGGUCUUUCCAACGGCACCAGUUACACACUGCGCCCGGUAUGGCCUCCACAUGAGCCAGUGGUUCGACAUGCAAACGACACAAGACCCUCACGAAGGAGAAAUAGAGCAGGACCCAACUCAAUCUAUUGACAUCAUCUACAAUCAGCUCUCGAUAGAAGCUGCAAUAGUGGGAUGGCAAAAUGUUAUUCUGGCAGGCAUAUCACAAGGCGCUGCGGUUGGAAUCCACGUUCUUCUCAAGCAACCUCACAGACUUGGAGGCUUCAUCGGGCUGAACACCUGGCUGCCACGACCAAAGACUAUCGAAGGCGCUGACAGCCGCUGGCCAGGAUCUGUGCAGACACCUGUCAUGUUGGCGCACACCAGAGAUGACCCGAUCGUCUAUAUCACGUAUGGCGAAGAGUUAGCACAGAGCCUAGAAAAGCUGGGGAUGAAUGUGGAAUGGCACGAUUACGAAACUGCAGAAGGCGAGCCCGCGCACUGGGUGAACGAGCCCGAAGGAGUCGAUCACAUUGUAAAGUUUGUUAGGAGGGCCAGGAAGUCGCCACGAGGGAGCCCGCUUCUUACUCCUUCGUUCACGACUACGCGAUCAUAUUAG